UGCCCCCUAGUUCCCUAGUAGAUAGUCAGGAAUCCUGUGUGGUUAUCCAGAUUGUAGUUCUCAUAUCAGAUACUUAAAACCUAACAUCCUUAACAGCAGACACAUGAAAUAUUUGUUGUUUUGGGUCUGGGGUUUGCUAAAUCAGGAUGAUUAUUUAGGUCCAUCAGUCCAGUCUUAGGGUUACAGAUUACAAUGGCUGCCCUAACUGCCCUCAGUAUUCCCUUUGAAGGCCAUUCAAGUAGAUCUACUUCAGUGUCAACAUUGACAGAGCUUUGAACAAGCACUGAGGGGGCUGGGCUCCUAACAGUGGAGUCUGAGGGGGGCACACAUGGAGCAUAAUCAUAGGGUCCUGCCCUUAAGCCAGCUCCAUUGUGUGCUCAGAGCACAUCACUGUGGUGGUGCCGGCACAGCUGAGCUACUAGUUUAUAGCUCAGUAUUUGCUGAACUAGCAGGACGUGCCAACAUUUUGUUGGCAAGUAUUGAUUGUUAAUACAGAGAAUUAUUGUAGAAUUUGGGAGGUGGCGAUCAGUUAACGGGGAGGGAAGAGGGAAAGAAGGUCCUGGGUGGCCCUAGCUCAAUAAUGGAUGAAGACUCGAUGACAUUCAACUUCCCCCGAAGGAGACGCUGGUACACACGUCUGUGGCAUUCCUGUCGUCGUUUAGGUUGCCUGUGUCAUCAGAGAUCAAGGCAAUUUCACCGCUAUCAGAUCGGGUAUGACCCGGUGGGUCCAUUACAACGAGCGGCAAGUGUUGGAGAUCUGGUGACAACAGAGAGUAUGAUCUACUCCAGGGAACAUCAUGUGGAUGAAUAUGAUAGACGGGGCAGGACAUCCCUACAUUAUGCAUGUGUCCACAACCAUCCAGAUGUAGUAACACUGUUACUGGAAUAUAACUCCAACAUUAACAUCCAGGAUGAUGAAGGCUGCACACCGUUGAUUAAGGCCGUGCAGUGCCAAAACACAGACUGUGUUUAUAUAUUGCUCAGGCACAAUGCUAAUCCAAAUCUGACAGAUUUCCAUGGGAAUACAGCCUUUCAUCAUGCCGCUUCCAGGGGAAACAUAAAAAUUGUAAAAUUGCUCCUGAAGUACAACGUUGAUUUUGAAGCCAAAACAAAGUAUGGCUUGACACCACUGCAACUUGCAACAUAUGAAAAUCACACUGAAAUGAUAAAAUUUUUAGAAUCAAAGAGUGCAGAUGCACAGGCCGUGCAAGUGUCAAGCAGUGCAAGAAGACCAGCACAUAAAAAAAAAGUGAAGCAUGUCAGAUUUAACAAAGAAGUAUUUGUUUUUAACAAUGAAAGGCCUUUGUCCCGUCGAGUAAGAUCACCAAGACAGCUAAAAUCCAUUCUGAAAACAUCUAUCCAGCAUAAUUCAGAAGCUGGUAUGCAACUUACAGGAAGAUCACCGUGGUGUGUGAAUGUGGAUAAUGUCAGCUCUACCUCCUCUGUGAAGGGAGAAUCAGGGAGAAAGAUCCACAUAAAACCUAAGAAGAGCCAGAACAGUUUUAGAAAAUCUGGAGUUUAUGUGUCUUCUCGGGUAGCCCCAAUUCUUGAAGUAUGGGAAGAAAAUACAUCUGCAACGGAUGAAAAAACUAAAAUGGAAAAUUUCCAUUCCGUGCCUUCUGAGGCUGCUGCUGAUGUUGGACCUUCCACUUCUACUGCUGACAGCCUGGAUGCUGCUGAGCCUGCGCAGACUAAGUCCACCAAGGAGGCUGCCAGUCUGACUGCAGUUGAGCCUGAGCCAACUAAGUCCACCAUUGCCGCUGACAGUCUGACUGCAGUUGAGCCUGCGCAGACUAAGUCCACCAUUGCCACUGACAGUCUGACUGCAGUUGAGCCUGCACUGACUAAGUCCACCAAGGAUGCUGCCAGUCUGACUGCAGCUGAGCCUGCGCCGACUAAGUCCACCAAUGCCGCUGACAGUCUGACUGCAGUUGAGCCUGUGCCGACUAAGUCCACCAAUGCCGCUGACAGUCUGACUGCAGUUGAGCCUGUGCCGACUAAGUCUACCAUUGCCGCUGACAGUCUGAUUGCAGCUGAGCCUGCGCCGACUAAGUCCACCACUGCCGCUGACAGUCUGACUGCAGUUGAGCCUAUGCCGACUAAGUCCACCACUGCCGCUGACAGUCUGACUGCAGUUGAGCCUGCGCCGACUAAGUCCACCACUGCUGCUGCCAGUCUGACUGCAGCUGAGCCUGCGCCGACUAAGUCCACCACUGCCGCUGACGGUCUGACUGCAGAUGAGCCUGCGCCGACUAAGUCCACCACUGCCGCUGACGGUCUGACUGCAGAUGAGCCCGAGCUGUCCCUUACAUAUGCUGCUGACAGUACUGUGUCAGGUGACUCAGGACCAGCUAGUCACAUUGGAUUGGAUUAUGUAGUUGAUUUACCUCUUUACAAGGAGAGUACAAGGUACAAACCCCAUGCUGACCCAGAGCCCACUCCUGGUUCCUGCACUUGUUAUUCCCUUGAUUCCAUUCAAAUGACUAACCUGACUCUUUUGAUAUCCUUUAGUGAAGAAGAAAUAUUUUAUACUGCUUCUUCAGAUGAGGAAUCUUCUUUUAUUCCUGACAUAGAAGAAGGUCUGCCUGCUACUCAGGCACCUGUUGAUAAUUUUGAUGCUUCUGCGUCAGCUGAACCAAUAAACCACAGCAUGAACCCUCUCAGGGUGGGUGGAUAUCUUCGGGCACCAGCGAUAGCACACAUCCCCUUUUUGCCUUUUAUAUGGCUUGUAUCCUCACUUUUCUCUGUCAUAACAUGGAUGAAAAUCCAAAUUCAACAUGCAUGGCAUGAAGAAAAUGGCCAAGGAGCUCCCACUGACAAAAAAGUUGGAUCAGUGGCUGCGGCUCCUGAUCCCUAGACCCUUGAUGUUCCUCCAGGAUCGAUUGGAAUGCCACAGCAGUCUGUGUGGGAGAAUUGAUCAUAUAUAUAAAUUGUAGAGUUAAAGGUAUAAUGUGAUAGUAGACUGAAGUAAAAAUUUAUUGUUUCACUGGA